UUCAACUACAUCUCCAAACAUGUUACAUUUUCUUUAAUUAUCAUUUGUAUCCCUUACUAAUUAACAUAUAUAGCUAGAGAAAUUGAAAGGGAUAAAUAAUAUGGCAGAUUGGGCUCCUAUUAUUAUAGGCUUGAUCUUGUUUGUGUUGUUUUCACCUGGAUUAUUGUUCCAGCUACCAGGGAAAGGCAGGCCAGUUGAUUUUGUUAAUUUCCAAACAAGUGCCAUUUCAAUUUUUGUUCAUUCCCUUCUCUUCUUUGGUUUUAUGGUUAUAUUUCUUGUUGCCAUUAAAGUUCAUAUUGGCAGUGGUUAGGUGAUCAUAUCUACUUAUAUAUAUACACCACUUGUAUUGCCUAAUUUAGUUAUCUUCAAUUUGUCAUGAUUAUGUUAUACUAGUAUAUUCCUUUGGUAAUUAGUCUUGUAGAAGAAAGCAUUAUCAAAAACAAAAGUAAGCAUUUUAGUUAGUUUUUGUUUGGAGGAAAGCAUUUUAGUGAGUUAAUGCCUUGCUUCUUAGUGAGAGCAAUUUUGGUGUGUGUUU